GUUGCCCGGCCCCGGCCCCGGCCCCGGGCCCGCGCUCCCCAUGAAAAACCAGCUCCGCGGCCCCCCAGCGCGGGCGCACAUGUCGGCUUCGGGGGCGGCGGCGGCUGGGGGCACCCGGGCGGGGUCGGAGCCGGGUGCGGGAUCUGGAUCGGGCGCAGGCAUCGGGGCGGGAGCGACGACGGGAACCGGGGCCAUGCCUUGCAAGAGCGCCGAGUGGCUACAGGAGGAGCUGGAGGCGCGCGGCGGCGCGUCCCUACUGCUACUCGAUUGCAGACCGCACGAGCUCUUCGAGUCGUCGCACAUCGAGACGGCCAUCAACCUGGCCAUCCCGGGCCUCAUGCUGCGCCGCCUGCGCAAGGGUAACCUGCCCAUCCGCUCCAUCAUUCCCAACCACGCCGACAAGGAGCGCUUUGCCACGCGCUGCAAGGCGGCCACCGUGCUGCUCUACGACGAGGCCACGGCCGAGUGGCAGCCCGAACCUGGCGCUCCCGCCUCGGUUCUUGGCCUGCUCCUGCAGAAACUGCGAGACGACGGCUGCCAGGCCUACUACCUCCAAGGUGGUUUCAACAAGUUCCAGACAGAAUACUCUGAGCAUUGUGAGACUAAUGUGGACAGCUCGUCCUCCCCCAGUGGCUCACCACCCACCUCAGUGCUGGGCCUGGGGGGCCUACGCAUCAGCUCUGACUGCUCUGAUGGGGAGUCUGACCGAGAGCUGCCCAGCAGUGCCACCGAGUCAGAUGGCAGCCCUGUGCCAUCCAGCCAGCCAGCCUUUCCGGUCCAAAUCCUGCCCUACCUCUACCUCGGCUGCGCCAAGGACUCUACCAACCUGGAUGUGCUUGGCAAGUACGGCAUCAAAUAUAUCCUCAAUGUCACACCCAACCUGCCCAAUGCCUUUGAGCAUGGUGGUGAAUUCACCUACAAGCAGAUCCCCAUCUCUGACCACUGGAGCCAGAACCUCUCCCAGUUCUUCCCCGAGGCCAUCAGCUUCAUUGAUGAAGCCCGCUCCAAGAAGUGUGGUGUCUUGGUGCACUGCCUGGCAGGCAUCAGCCGCUCAGUGACUGUCACUGUAGCCUAUCUGAUGCAGAAGAUGAACCUGUCCCUCAAUGAUGCCUAUGACUUCGUCAAGAGGAAAAAGUCCAACAUCUCACCCAACUUCAACUUCAUGGGGCAACUGCUGGACUUUGAGCGGACGCUGGGGCUGAGCAGCCCAUGCGACAACCACACGCCCAGUGAGCAGCUCCACUUUUCCACCCCCACCAACCACAACCUAUUCCCGCUCAACACACUCGAGUCCACGUGAGGCCUGAUGCACAGAUGGGUGCAGCACUGGGGAGUCUCCCAGCCCUCCCCAGGACCUGGUGGUGGGCCCUAGACCCCCCUGGCCCAAGGAACCCACAGAUGUCACCUGUGUCCAGAGGACCAGGCUAAGCAGUGGCUGAGCUUCCUUGCCAUCCUGUGGGGCAGGGCCCAUGGAGGGCCACCUGUGGCAGGACCUGCUCGGGUGGCCUCAGCUUUCAGUAUAUGUGCUGCCAAAGCAAACAUUGGCCUCGGCUUUCAGACACGACUUGGGGGCCAGCAGGGCCUUGUCUGCCCCAGGACACUCGUUCUGCCGAUGGUCCGGCCAUUCUGGCUAUUUUUAAAGACAUAUCCAUGGACCUGAGUUUACUUUUUACUUUUGGCAGGUAAAUCCAAGCUCCCUGGAGCAAAGAGAGUGUUCAAACUCUUCUGGAUUUUUAUUUUUCUUUUUUUUUUUAACAGAAAGUGUUAUUUUUCAGGCUACAUGCAACAGUGGAUUGUAUAAACCAGUAUUUCAUCCCUUUCUUGAUCUGCAAGAGAGAGAGAGAGAGAGACAUGUUCUCAAUUUCGUUUUUCUUCCUAUUUCAAAAAGCAACCGUUGGUGUGUGUUCUUUGUGUUUUUAAUGGAAAAGACAAACCACGUGUUCUUGACCAAAUGCAUUUUGCACAUGUGUGAAGCCUCCGUUUCUUCAGCAGGCCCUUGAAAGGUGGCUUAUUGCUGUCCAGGCAUCAGGACCCCUGGUCAUGCCAUCUCCUACCCAUGGCCCAGCCCAGCUUGAUGCUGCAUUUGUACUCCCUGAUUGCUGCAAGCUGUGCUUGGUGAGCUGUAAUGGUGGUCUUUCAGUUGUCUACCCUCCCAUCACCCCUCUAGGAGUCCUGUAGACCUCGCCAAGGCAGAAGAUGGCAGCUCUGCCAUGUCCUGCUGGAGGUGAGGUCUCGGGAGUGCCAAGCAGUAGCAUUAACCCUCUGGGCUCAGCCCCUAGGAGGGCUGGACCCUGGGCCCUUUUAUAAACUUAAAAUUUCUGUCUUUAUCUCUCACGUUGGAACUGGGAAUGGAGGCCCAGUGCCUCGGAAAAGUGUAGGUGGGGCACAGCCCUGCCUCCCCAGUCCUAUUCCUCACCCUCACUAUGGCUUUGGUUUAGCUGCCACUCUCAAUCCCUUGUCCCCAUGUACACUUUCAUUGGUCUGUAUUACCCAUGCCUUCUACUUGGAAGAAACUUGCACCCAAGAGCAGUUAGGGCAAGGAUGGGCCAGUGGAAGGAGUGUGAGGCUCUGUCUGCUACCCAGCAUCCAUAGCACAAAGCCAUGGGUUCCGUUAUGCUUCUCCAGUUUUGUUCCUUCUCAGUUCUCACCAGGCAUCAUGCGACCUGGGAUGGUGUUGGGGGUGCUCAGGUCUCUAAUGGAACCAGCAUUGGCAGUGGGCAGUGAGUGAGGCCACAGAAAUUCCACCCCACCAUAUCUUACCUCACAGGGGUAGUUUUCAGGGAUUCUUUAGGGCAGCAGAUUAAAAUCUUGCCACAGUCGAGAAAUUGACAAAAAACGUCCAUGCUGUACAUGGUAUGUUCUCUCUCUAUCAUUUUAAAAA